UGAUACUACUACAACAACUACUUCAAGCACUGACAGUACUACAACAACUACUACAAGUACUGAUACUACUACAACAACGUCAUCAUCAUCAACAACAUCGUCAACCACUACAACAGAAAUAACAACAUCGUCAACAACAACCUCAUUAUCAUCACCAACAACAACAACGGAAACAACCUCCUCAUCAACAACAUCGUCAACCACAACAACAACAGAAACAGCCUCAUCAUCAACAACCACAACAACACCGUCAACAACAACAACAACAACAUCUUCAUCAUCAUCUUCAUCAUCAUCAUCGUCAUCAACAACAACAACAUCAUCAACAACAACAUCAUCAACAACAACUUCAUCAACAUCAACGACGACAACAACAAUAAACCCAUGUACAAUAAAUAGCUAUCGAUGGAAUACAACUGGUAUUACUGUACUGGAUAUAUCCUCUUUAUACAUUCCUAGUGAUAUAUAUUUUGAUUCGAAUGACACAUUGUAUAUAGUCGAUGAAUCAAAUCAAGUUAUAGUCAAAUUAUUGAAAAACGCUUCAACUCCAACCCGUAUAGCUGGACUUCUGUUGUCAGGUGGUUCAAAUGCUAGUCAAUUUUCAACUCCUCAAGGUGUUUAUGUUGAUUCGAAAGGAAGUUUGUACGUAAGCGAUUAUUAUAAUAAUAGAGUACAAAAAUUUGUGAAUGGGUCAACACUUGGAAUAACUAUGGCAGGAAUAAAUAGCUCAGCUGGCGCGGCACUAAAUCAAUUUAAUGGUCUUCGAUAUUUUGCAGCGGAUGCAACAGAAACAUAUAUGUAUUUUACAGAUUAUAAUAACCAUCGCAUUAUGUCAUAUCAAAUGAAUUCAACAACAGGUACUAACGGACAACUUGUUGCUGGAGGUGCCGGAGCUGGAAAUACGAAUACACAAUUGAAUCUGCCUUGGGGAAUUCAAUAUCUACCAACAAUAAGUAAUUAUUUAUAUAUAACCAACAAUAAUGGUCAUUCAGUGAUGCGAUGGAUACCAGGUGCAUCGUCAGGUCAAUUUAUUGCCGGUACACCAGGUACAUCAGGAUCAAAUGCUACAAGUUUGAAUACUCCCAUGGGUAUUAGAGUUGAUAGUUUUCUAAAUAUGUUCAUUGUUGACUAUGGAAAUCAUCGAGUACAAAUGUUUUGUUAUAAUAGUACAAUUGCCACAACAAUAGCCGGUACUGGCACAGCCGGUAAUAGCGCAACACAAUUAAAUUAUCCAAGAGGUAUUGCAUUCGAUUCAUCGAUGAACUUGUACAUUAGUGAUUCAACAAAUCGUCGUAUUCAGAAAUUUGUCAAACUCUAA